GACAAAAUAAAUCGACGAAUAGACUAGAUGACAUAAUUGAGCUUACUGACAAGGGUCGUGAACGAGUGGCAAAAAUUAAGCAAAAUGCAGCAUCAGACUUAACAAAAUGCCUAAAUUUUUUUUUAAACAAUAAUUUGAAAAAUGAUUUUGAUACACACAAGUAUGCUGUACGAGUCAUUAUUAAGGUUAUGCUUUCAGAUAUUGAGGAACUCUUUCCAGUACAAUUGUUUGUUGAAGGGACAUAUAGAUCACAACAUAUGCCUGUGGUAUCACAAUCGAAAGUAUCAAGAAUAAAUCUUAGUCUCCAAGCUCAUGAUCAUGCAAUUAUAGCACGCCACGCACACCACAGUUCUGGCGUAGAAAUUGCACUAAAAUAUUGGCACCUUACAAUAAUACAAGUGAAAUACACCUUAGACAU